UCAAAACUUAACACAAAUCUAAUAUAUAAAUUAAGGUUCUAAUUACGUUUUGAAAAAGCAGCGAUUCAAAUUUGAGUUCCUGCUUUGUGUUGAAUGUUACCAAUUAGCAUAAAUUGGUGUUUCAUUGGCGAUGGUCAAACGUUAUAAGCCGCCAUCCUCGGUCUCAGGCUCACGUUCCUUGGCUGCAAGUGAGAACAGCGUCGGCGGCGGCGGCGGUGGCAGUAGACGCGGCGACGUCUAUAAGGAUAAGGAUGAAGAUCAGAUUUAUUGUGUGGUUCUUCACGUUGUCGAGGCCAUCAAUUUCUGUGGACGCGAUGUCGAAAACGAACAAAUUGUUAUGAAUGCUGCACUCAAUACGGUGGACUUUGAGAUUGAGGGACAACCCUCGGCCACAUCGGAAACUAUUGUCUUCAAUAGCAAUUGCAUUUGGGAAUGCGAUAUGGCGGGCAUUAAACGCAUUAAAACGGACCAUAGACCAGUUAAGGUUACCUUCUACUCCUGUGGCAGUCAACCGGAACGAAAAACCAUUGGCACACUGGUGCUACCGGUGAGGGGAUUGCCCGUGAUCAGUUCUAUGGGCAAUCAAACGGCAUUGCUGUUGAAAAUGUUUUGGCAUAAACUGAUAUGCAUUUCAAAUGAAUUUCGUUCCCAUAAACCGGAAGUGCUUCUAAUGUUGGCCAUUGUUAAGAAAUCCUUGUUGCAUACCAAAGAUUUCGAACAUCUUAUGCAGUUUGAUACCAAGAGUCCGGCCAGUUCUCCAUUGCAAUCGCCAGGUCAUUCGAUUACGGCUAAUAUGCUGCACUCACAAGCCAAUGUGUACGUACAAUCCUUGGUACAAUUGGGUCUGCUUCAAGUGGGCAAUGAUCCCUUAAUUGAUUGUGACAUUAUUGAGGUGGUCCUGCAAUUGAAACAAUUAAAAAACAUCUGCAAAUUGGUUAAAUCAUUGAAUCAUGGCAAAAAUGUUGGCACUAUUCUGUUGGUCUUUGAUUUUGUAGGCAAUGUGACCAACAUUGAGCUGAAAUUAAAUGAAAAGGACUCAUAUGUCCUUAACGAUGUUUUGGGAUUGAGAUUCAAGUCAUCGUUGCGCAGUAUGCGCCUUUAUUUCCAACGCAUUUUCUAUUUGCCCAUCAAUAUGUAUAUCAAUGGGACAGCUGUGGCCAAUUACCGCAUGGAUUUUGGUAAACUUAUGCCAGUGGAUAGUUAUUUCGACACCAACAGGAAGUAUGUCCACAAUGGUUCCUUCACCUUUAAUCGUCUUGGUCGGGCGGACAGUGCCCGCGAAUUGAAACCAUUAAUAGAGUACACUUUUAGUGUGGAUAUCAAGUCGAUUUGUUCGCGUCAGAGCCAACAGGGACAGUAUGAGGAUGAUCUGCAGCCAUCCAUUUCAUCGGCCAGUAGUGUGAUAAGAGAAUUGCCACAGGAACAUCAAGAUCAGAAACCCGAAACAAAAUCGUGGCAGCAUCAAGAUGAUUCAUCCGCUGCCAGUCUAAAUGUGGGAGCUGAACUAUCUGCUUCCGAAAAUGAUGAAAAUGAUGAUGUAUACUUGCCCUUAGAUGCCAAUAACAAUGGUGAAGAACCACCAAAGGAUUUCCGACCAAUCCAGGGAAGGCGUAAAAAGUUCACUCGACUUAAAGUUAAAGCGGAUAGCCAGGAAAGCGAAGAGGAUCUUUGUCUGGUAAAGAAGUUCUCUUCGAUGGUGGUACGACAGCCACUGAUGCCAGUCGGUGAGGAAUAUAGUGAACUCAUAACAAGCGCUUCUGAGGAAGAUGUUAUGGCUCUUUACAACAACAAGGAUUUCAAUAAGGAUUCCGGUGAGUCCCGGAAAGAAAAGACGGCAUUAAAAUCUGGAGAAUCUAAUGCAAAACUGGAACGACAAAAAACGACCAUGUCAGAAGAUAAAUCGGAGUUGAAUAAGGAAAUGAUUAAAGAACAGAAAAGUAAAACAAUUAAUCCAGUCAAGAAAGUAAAAUCUGAUAAAUGUCAAUUACAUUCCGCAAAGGCAGAUCUCAAAAACGAAAAAGAAAUGUCCAAAGAAUCCAAUAAGGUUCAGAAAAUCAAUUCUGAGUUACUUAGACGAAAUGCCCCUAAAGAAUCGCUUCAAGAUGAUUUCCAAAUGAGAGGAAAGUCGAAUAAAUUGAAGAAUAUUCAACCGAUAACUGAAAACUUCGAAACAUUUAAUGAACUCGAAAAUGAAGUGGAUAUGCAUGAGCAAAUAAAAAAGGUUAAGCUAAAGCCAAAACCUAAUCUUAUGACAAGUCAGAGUGAAGUGUUAAGGAAUGCAAGGAAACUGGAAGAGAUUAAUGCCGCAGAUCUGCAAGAAUUACCUCAAAUGGAAUCGAUUUUAGCUAGAAAAGAAAGAAUGCGAAAACGUCAGGAAACCAUGUGCCAAAAAUCCAAUAAAAUAACCGAGAGAGAUGAAGAAGAACCAACAGCUGAAUCGGAAAAUUCAUUUGCCUAUAUUCCCUCAAGAUGUACACGGAGACAUGGUCGAGAAGACGAAUAUGGAAAAAGAACGGAAAGUAGUAUGGACUUUUUCAAAAGAGAAGUGAUUAGUGAAUUAAAAAGUAAAAAAGAUGAGGAACAAAGUCAUUUACCUAUAGAUACUAGUGAUCCGAAUCUCGAUGAAUCUGUGCACCUUAGUGUUGGCUCAAAGGAAAGCAAACGUAAACUAAAACCACAACCUUUAGCCAAUGAAGAUCACUGCAAAGUUCCUCAAACAGCCAAAGAAAUGAGACGUAUGCCUAGGGCUCCGCAAUCGGAAAUGGCUUUAAGUGCUCGCUGGGUGGAAGUCAACAGACAUCAAGAGAAGAUCAUAAAGGAAAAUGAAAAUUAUAUAGAACAAAUAUAUAAAACCAAUGAAUUGAUUGAAAAGAAACGCAUUAAACGAACUAAAGUGAGACCAACAAAUGGCAAUGAAUGUAAUACGGAGGAUUCUUUAGCUUCCGACAGAGUAAAAAGAACCAAAAGUAGGCAAGCCAUAUUGGACGAAGAACAGGAUCAAAAUCGGUCUUGCUCCCAUGAAAGCUCUGAAGAACAUAAUAUUCUAAAAGUAAUUGGUUCCCAAAGCACUUUGACCAAUUUCCUAUCAACUUCUGCUGAGGUGGACGAAACGGAAUUGUUUGAAAACAAAGCAACAAAACGAAUUGUGCGAAAGAAAAUUGUAAGAAAAUCAGAAAUAGAAAUCGAAGAUCAAAAUAAUAGCAUAGAGAUCUCAGAGAGUCUAACGGAUAGUCCUAAUAAAAAGAAAUUAAGCAGGAAAAACUCUCGCACAGAUCAAGAAUCAUUCAGAGGUGAUCAGCCAAAGAAAAUUAUUAAGAAGAAAUCUUCUGGUUUGGUAGUUUGUGAUAGUUCCGACACUGUUGACAUAGACAUUUGGAAAAAGCAACAAAUGGCUCUAUUCGAAAAACAAUUGCAAUUUAAGAUUGAUCAAUUGCAAUUGGAAGAACUUCAAGGCGAACCUCAAUCCCAAAGUGAUCCAAACUAUGAGAGUAAAUUCAUGGAACUCGAGAAGCAUGUGGUUACACUUAAACAGGAAAUGGAAGAGCAAGUUGAUUUCUUUCGCAAACGUAAUCAGGAAAUAACCGAGGAGAAUACGCGUCUUCGUGCUGAGAAGGCACAGCUUGAAGAACAUGUCUCCCGCAUGGAACACGAAAUUCAACAAUUAAGUCAAAGGAGGAAUGUCGUUGAAGUUGGCCAAGAUAUGAAGCAGGUCCUAAACGAAUUGGCCAAACAGAAUAAACGCAUUAUAGAUUUGGCCAAGGAGAAAGAUCGUUUUAAGCGGCAAUGGCGGCGAAGUGCCAAAAAAAUGCACGCCCUUAAACUGUCCAUGUUUGAGAAAAAUCUGGACUACAAUCAAGGACAAAAUAAUUCAGAAUCUCUAGGCAUGAUCAAUCUAAAGUCAAUAUUAACCAAAGAUGCUGUCGAAUUCGAAAGGGAAUAUGGACAAUUUCGUCAUUCACGUCCUAUACCAAGCUUCCAGAUUAGCACCGAGUCCGAUGAGUUCGCAUCUUUAGCAAGUAGAGAAACAAUGUUAACUGAAAGUUCCCAACGUUAAAGUAAUAAUUCUAAUCAUAUAUAUAUAUUUUACCAAAUUGA